UCGCAGCGCGGAGGCGGCAGCAGCAGUGCUGCUCGGAGCCAAUCAGCGCGCCGGUCGGUCUCAAACGGGCCAAUGGGCGCCGCGGGGAGGCGGGGCCAGCGGCCGGGCUGCGCCCUUGGGGGGACGGCGCGGCGAAUGGCGGAGCCGGCGCCAUGUUGGGUUCGACUCCCUCAGACCCGGCCGGGCUGCCCCGGGCGCUGCUGAGGCUCCCCUCGCCCUCGGUACCGCGGGUUACGUGCGGCUCUUCCCUCCCUGAGUCCCUGUUCCAUGCCGCAAGCCGGCUCGGCCGUGUCGCGAUAGCCGCCAUGGCGGUGCGACACGUCCUCAGGGGCCCGCGGCGCUGUGUGAACCCCAGAGCCCUGUCACGACAUCGCCCAGCCCUGUCCCGACACAGCGGGCGCCACAGCGGGGAGCCCGGGCCGCCCCUGCCCUGGCAACGCGGCCUGGGGAGUUUGGGGGCGUUGCGGGGUUUGGGGGUUUGGGGCCAAACCCCUUCAUUUCACAGCAAAACGAGCGGUUUGGGGGCGAACGGGGACCGCGGCACCCCGGGGAGGGACAGCUCGGGACACGCAAUGGCGUCGGUUUCGCUUUGCAGCACCAAAACCGCCCCCCACGUCCGUGACCUUCCCAUUUCCCGGUGUUUUCGGCCCAAUUCCCGCCCCGCGGCCCGGGAAGGCCCCGAGGCCUCGCCCCGCAUCCGCGAGCCCCGGCAUCCCGGGACACCGGCAUCCCGGGACAGCGGCACACCGCGACAGCGCGACACCGCGGGCAGGACCCACCCCCGGCAUCCCCGGAGCCCGGCUGCCAAGUGCCAUGGCCGCGAGCCCCCGCUGACAUCGCCCCCCACGCCUCGCGGUGCCCCCGCUGACAUCGCCCCCCACACUUCGCGGUGCCCCCGCAGCCAUGGGUGACUCGUACGCCGCCGCCUUCCCCAGCGCCCCGGGGCUGCUGUCGCCGUCCGCCAGCCCCCAGGCCUCCCCCGGCCCCUACGGCCCCGACUACGGCCCCUUCGGGCACCCCUUCCCAGCCCCGUCCGGUGCCCAGGAGGUGCUGGGGGCCCCCGUGGUGGUGGCCAAGGGGCACCCCGCGGGCGAGUGCCUGCCGGGGGUGUACCCCUCGCUGGAGAUGCCGCACCCCUACGGCUCCUGGUACAAGGGCGGCAUCGGCGGGGGGCUGCCGGGGGGCUCCGGGCCCGCGGCCCCGUCCUGGUGGGAUGUGCACCCCAACGGGGGCUGGCUGGGGGGGCCGGCGGGCGCCGAGGGGCUGCAGGGCUCGCUGCAGGGCCAGCCCACCCUCAGCCCCCCUCUGCCCACCUACGGCUCCGAUUUCGGCGCUCUGAACCCCCCUCCAUACACCAACGCCCCCGCGGCGCCCCCCACCCCUAAACCCACGCCGGGCGAGACCCCCAAGGGUCCCCGCGGCGGCUCCUUGGGGGGACGCCCGGCGUGCGAUUGUCCCAACUGCCAGGAGCUGGAGCGGCUCGGGGGCCCGGCGGGGUCGCGGCGGAAGCCGGUGCACAGCUGCCACAUCCCGGGCUGCGGCAAGGUGUACGGCAAAGCGUCGCACCUGAAGGCGCACCUGCGCUGGCACACGGGCGAGCGGCCCUUCGUGUGCAACUGGCUCUUCUGCGGGAAGCGCUUCACCCGCUCCGACGAGCUGGAGCGCCACGUCCGGACCCACACGCGAGAGAAGAAGUUCACCUGCCUGCUGUGCAGCAAGCGCUUCACCCGCUCCGACCACCUCAGCAAGCACCAGAAGACCCACGCCGACCCCCCCAAGCCGCCCCCCGGCGCCGAGCAGCCCCCGGCGUCCCCCCGGCCGCCCCCCGCCUCGCCCGGCAAGGACGGCGGCAGUCCCGAGGCCGGGAGUUUGUUGGAGAUUUGAGCCUUUCCGCCUUCAUCUUCCUCUUCCUCCUCCUCUGCGCCGCUGGGGAUAUUUAUUACGGGGUGCUGCUCCCCCCAAGCCCCCUCCCCCUCAGUUCCCCAGCUCCUCGUUAGCCAUUCUAAUUUAUGUCUUAAAUUA